CAGAAUUCAGCAGGACAGUUUACAUUUUACCAUCAUACAAUGUUUUAAUCUUUAGAAUUUAAAUUAGAUGAAUUUGUUUUUCUGACACGAAUUGUGCAAUUAAAUAUUUCGAAAAUUCAUAGUAAAUGUACGAUUUUCUAUAUUUAUUAAAAUUAUUUUAUAGGUGAACUAUUGUCAUAAUGUGUUGGUCUAAAACAUUCAUGCCAUAGUGAUUUAUUCAUUAAUUAAACAAACCUCGAAAAUCAAGGCUAAAGUAAUAAAGGAAGCAUUAAGUUUGUCACUAUUAUGACAGUAACAAGGGCAUAAUGGUUGGAGAUAAUGAUCAAAGUUACGGUAGAACUGCGACGAAGAAUGUUUUAUUGAAGAUUGUAAUCCUUGGAGAUGGAGGAGUUGGAAAAUCUUGUCUCAUGAGCAGGUUUAUAUCGAAUCACUUUGACGACCACAACUUCCACACAAUUGGCGUUGAAUUCAUGAAUAAAAUGAUAGAUGUCAAUGGAAAACCUUAUACACUGCAGAUAUGGGACACAGCGGGCCAAGAGAGAUUCAAAUCUCUCCGUACACCAUUCUACAGAGGCACAGAUAUCUGUAUAUUGGCAUAUGCAAUAGAUGACCGGAGUUCCUUCAACAAUAUAAAAACUUGGAUGAAUGAGUUCUUGCAUUAUGCUGGUGUUAAAAAUGGGAUUGAGAAGUUUCCAUUUGUUGUUGUGGGGAAUAAAUCAGAUGUGUCAUCAAAAGACCGGGAGGUAUCUUAUGAUCAGUUGAAACAGUGGUGCGAGGAGAAUAAAAUAUCGACAUUCAUUGAGACUUCCGCUAAAGCUGACAAUAAUGUUAUGGAAGCUUUCUCCUUAGCUGUUCAGAGGUGGGCUGACCUCGAUCAAAAGGCUGAGAAAGAGCUGAGGAUGCUUCAUCACCCUGAUACGGUGACAUUGCACGGUUCCAGUACAGCCAGCGGCCUCCGAGCUACGUGCUGUUCUAGGUUCAUUGAUGUAUGAUGUUCACGUGUCUCAAGUUUAUCGAGUUCGCUAUCACGGAGUCUCUGUUAUCCGUCCGUAUCGUACUAUGUCUUGUAAACCACAAUUAUUAUAACUGUAUUACUUAAGUCGCAUCUAUCGUCCCGAAGUAAUCCGUGCCGAUGUUUUGCGUGCGACACUAACGGCCUUAAAAAUUAAAUGGUAUAAAGUUAUAAUUGAGAAUAAACCAGGUAUAUACAAAAUGUUUACAAAUAGACAUUUUUCUUAUGAUUGGUUUAUUCGGACGUAUAACGUUUCCCGCGUUUAUUUGCAAUCUGCUUGACAUUCGGAAAACUUCAGUUGUCAUUGUAUUGACAGUGUUGUCAAAGUCAAAGUAAAAUAAACUUUAUUGAAAUAGGCUUCAACUAAGCGCUUCCGAAUCGUCACUACAAGUAUUUCUUUUAAAUUACUGAAUUUAGCAUAAUGUUCGUAAAAAGUUGAGCUCGCGAGUAGAACAUAUAAGAAACUCAACGGCCACUCUUUUCAAUCAAUAUAGUAACUACAGUGGCUGUAAUAUACAUAAUAAAUUUGUUCGUAAGGUGUGCUGCAUCCAAUUUAUGAAUGGUGUUUAAAUAAUAUAAAUUAUUGAAUGAAAAGUAAUAAAGAAUUAAAUGUAUAAAUAUAAAUUAUCGUAUGCAUCAACCUUUAGAGCUUGAACUCAUUGUUUGUGUAAGGAUGCUUCGUGAACAUGAUGGUCGUGAUUACUGUCACAAUAAGUAAUUGUAUCCAACAAAUACAAUGAUUCAUAUGAUGUCAGCGAUAUAGUCAACAUUUUGCAUGUUCUUGGCUUAUUCUCAGGUAUAUAACUUUAUACCAAGUUUAUUUGUGAGGCCAUAAAAAGUUAUCGCGAUAUAACUUUUGGUCACAUUAGCGGCUACUAUAUUUUGCAUGAAUUAUCGUGCAAUAAUCCAAGAUGGCCGAUAUCAUUUCCAGACUUUUAACUAUGGACGACGAUUUUGUUUACUUCUACAUCUAACAAUUUAUUUUGUGACAAUAAGGGAGAAGACGAGCAGGACGUUCAGCUGAUGGUAAAUGAUACGCUCUGCUCAGUCGGGUCUGGGACUCUGGGGCAGCAUGCAUAAAAGAUAUAAAUAAAUAAAUAUAUAUAUUGAAAAGAUACGCCUUGUGAGUGAAAGAAAUAUUGUGGGAAAACAACAUGUCAGUAUUUUAGUGAUUACAAUUUGGUUGUGCUUCUACAAUAAUUAAUGUUGUGAUUUUAUAUAAUAAUAGUUUUGUUUAAGAGCGAGACCAUUUUCAUAUUUGCAAUCGCAUUUUUUUUAUAUCUUAAUAAGAAUAAUUUUCGUAUGAUAGCAGCUGUUGGCUUUAAUGGGAUGUAUUUAAAAAAAAAUCGAUUUUCCAUAAUAUCAUUUCGGAACACCCUGUAAGUAAUCUAGUAGCCGUGCGCUAGCGAAGGUCGCCUACUUGUCCCACGCCGCGCCAAUAAUUUCAAUUAUUUACUUUUAUUUAUUUAUUUUUUUAUGAUUUUAUGAUCGGUUACGUUUUAGUAGUUAUGCCACGCUGUAUUAUAUAUCUAAAGUAAUGUCAAUACGAAAUACAUAUCAAUCCCUCAGUUCCAAAGUGUAACAAGCCUGAAAUUCAGUAUGUUUGAGAUAAGUAUAAUACUUGUUUUGUGGUUGAAAUAAAAGAAAAACGCUGAGUGAGGAGUUCCUUCAAUAACUCAUAAUUUAUAAUUUCAAUCAUCCGAUUUUUUUAAAUGAGACCUAUUGAGAGAGAUAUUGGUGGAUUUCAGGUUUAUAUUUUUUUCAUAUGGUCUAUAGUUAAUUAUGGUCUGACGGCGGAGAUGUAAAGUGACAAAAAAUAAAAAAAAAGAAUCGAGUGAUUUUUCAGGACAUUACCAUUUUUGAAUGGCUGUAGUUACCUUUUAAAAUUAUGAUUAAGUUUGUAUUAUUAAAUUAGGUUAUUGCUUACUUAACCGCACUUGCAUAAUACUUAUUUAACGUUGUUAUGUUUUGUUUGUUAUAAUUUUAAUAUUUAUACCACUUAUAAUAAGUUAGAGAUUUGUAGCAGGAAAGAAGUUAGUUUUAUUUAAAUGUAACUAAAUUAUAUUAUGUUGUGAGUCUUAAGUUAUGAUUUAACUAACGAUUUAAAAAUAGGCUUUGUGGAACUGAAUUUGACAACAGCAUCAUACACCGGGUCUUACUACCUAUAGCAUAAAACCAUCCUUGUAGGAGACUUAAGGACCAAGAUUCUUUCGAAUCAAUUUUAAUCAAGUUUCGAGUAAAUCAAUGGACAAGAUGACAGUACGAAAGAAUCAAAGAUUAGGUAGUUUAAAAAAGAUAACAUAAUUUUAAAAGUAACUGAUUUACAUUAGAUACCUACUGAUUUGCGAGUCCAGGUAUUAAGUCGUUUCUCAAUUAACCCACAUUUUAUCAUUUACUUUCUUAAACCUGCAUGUUCUGUUUAAGGGAAAAUGAUAUUUCUAAGUGAAAUGAAAUGGAUAGCUAUAACUGAGACUAAUUACUUAAAUACCUAUUCGUAUUUUCAUAAUUUGUUAAAGUAGUCCUUAACAUAGCAUAAAAAAAGAAACAUUCCAAUGAAGGCUACUUUAUCUAUGUACAUUAAUUCUAGAUAAUUGUCGUAAUAGGUAUACAAUAUUAACAAAAAUAUAUUUAAUUGCCAGCAUACUUGCAUUGAGGACCAUAUUUUAAAUUAAAAUUGUAUCAAGCAAUUUUGAACCAAUUGUUGUACAUAUCAGUACAGAAUACUACACGUAAGUAACCUAUUGUGAGUAGGUAUACUAUGGGGGUAGUCACAUAUUUUAUGUACUAAGUAAGGGUAAUGGAUCGCUUUAUAGCGUCGAGAAAUAUCAUUUCUGAAACAAAAAAAAAUAGACUUAUCCUCGUUUUAUGAACCCAUUCCUAUAAAAUUUCAUAAGAACAUGGUUUAGAAGUAUUUAAGAUACUUCCUUCAUUAACUAGAUUCUUCUUUAGUGUACGUGACAAGCUUUACACUCGCGAUUUGUAUGUCACUUUGUGUUAGUAUGCGUGCAUUGCUCAAAAAAGAAGUUAACUGUUAACACAGUAUAUUUAGACAUAAAAAUGAUCUAACCCUAGAUGCUUUAUGUAGCGGAUUUUAGUUUCACAUUCCAUAUCUGACCUGUUUCUGUCAAGUAAGCUUGUUCACAAGUGCCUGGCUUUGUCGCUAUUUUAACUAUUGGUACCUCGUACGGUUGUUGUAUUAAGCUCUAGUAUUUUUGUAUUACUUAUGUGAUGUAGACCGUAAAGAUAAUUAUACUUCACAAAAACAACAA